GUGUGUGUGUGUGUGUGUGUGUGUGUGUGUGUGUGUGUGUGUGUGUGUGUGUGUGCGUGCGUGUUUGUGUGCGUGCGUGCGCGCGUGUGUCUGCGUGCGCUCGUCUUUGCGUGUGGAUUAUUUUCGCCUCAGGUGAUGGAGCUGUAAUCCUUUUGCUGUAAUGGGGUCAUUAACAAAAGCUGCGGCUAACUAACUCUGAAAGACAAGCUAGGAGCUAAAUUGCUCAAGUCCGCUUUUUUUAUUCGCCUUUAAUCACGGCCACUCUCGUCUCCCUCAGCUUUUUAAUGGCUGGGGAGAGACCAUACAUGUCCUAUUUGCAGUCCGUGAUGUAUAAUGGAUUCGCUGUCUGAAAGAAUAUCAAUGUUCACACCAAAACAUGCUGACAGCCUUUUUCUCUGGGUGUGUUUCGAACUGCUGGUCUGUUUAGUAGGCUAUGGUGUUGUUGCAUUGUGUGGGGCGUUUACGCGAGUGGUUGAUACUGCCCGCUCUGUAAAAUAAAAAAGGGGUGAGGGAGCGAGAGAGAGAGAGAGAGAGAGAGUGAGGGAGCAAGGCAACGGUUAAACACUCGCUGCAUCGAAGGCAAAGCACCCCAGCCAGCCACGCCUCUCCUCUUCUGAACCUGGCACUCCGUAGCGAGUUCGACAGAGCAGAUUUUCCGGACGGAUUGAAAGCAAGAGCGAGCGAGAGAGAGAGAUAGUGAAAGCGACGGGGAGGGAGUGAGACAGCGCGAGAGAAGAGAGGAGGGAGAGAAAAAAAACGACUGGGAGAGGAGAAGAGAAUGUGACAACUGCGGUCGGAGUGUGUGCGUGUGAGUGUGUGUGGCUACACUGCGUUCGGGAGCCCGAGCUUGUCGCACCUGUCUCCCUCCGUCUCCAGUCUCACAGUUGUUGGACUUUUUCCUCGGCUGCCUCGCGGAGGCGGGCGUGUAUAAUUCAGAGCGAGUCGAGAGAGCGGUCGGUGCACACACGGACGCGGACGGACGCAAGCAAGCUCGGCACUAUAAGCGAGGAGGGAAACAUGACUUCAUCCUACAAUCUGGAUUUUCUGCCCGAUAUGAUGGUCGAAAGCCGCUUGCUGGUGUCAGGAGACCGGAUUAACGGCACCGCUGGCAAGAUGAACGGCGCGCUGGAACAUUCGGACCAGCCGGACCCGGACGCCAUCAAGAUGUUCGUGGGCCAGAUCCCCCGGUCCUGGUCCGAGAAGGAGCUGAAGGAGCUGUUCGAGCCCUACGGAGCCGUCUACCAGAUCAACAUCCUGCGGGACCGCAGCCAGAACCCGCCACAGAGCAAAGGCUGCUGUUUCGUCACGUUCUACACAAGAAAAGCUGCCCUGGAAGCUCAGAAUGCACUGCACAACAUAAAGACCUUAACCGGGAUGCACCAUCCUAUUCAGAUGAAGCCUGCAGACAGUGAGAAAUCAAACGCGGUGGAGGACAGGAAGCUGUUCAUCGGCAUGGUGUCCAAGAAGUGCAACGAGAACGACGUGAGGGUGAUGUUCUCGGCCUUCGGGCAGAUCGAGGAGUGCCGGAUCCUGCGCGGGCCCGACGGACUCAGCAGAGGUGAGCGACCCUGCUGUGCGUUUGUCACGUUCUCAACCAGAGCCAUGGCACAGAAUGCAAUCAAAGCCAUGCAUCAGUCUCAGACCAUGGAGGGCUGCUCGUCCCCGAUCGUGGUGAAGUUCGCCGACACGCAGAAGGACAAGGAGCAGCGUCGGCUGCAGCAGCAGCUGGCCCAGCAGAUGCAGCAGCUCAACUCGGCCUCGGCCUGGGGCAGCCUGACUGGCCUGGGCGGCCUGACUCCGCAGUAUCUGGCAGUAAGGGGACACCACGCCCACGCCCACGCCCACGCCCACCACCACCACUCGGCCACGCCUACCCACCACCAGCCCAGCGCAGCCAACGCCGCCGCGGCAGCCGCACUUCUUCAGCAGGCUACAUCCUCCAGUAGCUUGGGAGCAUUUAGUGGGAUCCAGCAGAUGGCAGCAGCUGGCACUACGGCUACCUCCAGUGCGGGUGCCAUGAGCUCUCUGGGCUCGCUGGGCACUCUGCAGGGCCUGGCCGGGGCCACGGUGGGGCUCAACAACAUCAACGCACUAGCAGGUAGUGUCAACAUUGCUCAAAUGCUCUCAGGUAUGGCGGCGCUGAACGGUGGACUAGGGGGCACGGGCCUCAGCAAUGGUUCCGGCGGACCCAUGGACGCGCUGACGCAGGCCUACUCAGGGAUCCAGCAGUAUGCGGCCGCCGCCCUGCCCACCCUCUACAGUCAGUCCCUACUCCAGCAGCAGAACGCAGCGGGGAGCCAGAAAGAAGGUGUGGCCGUGUGUCUGUGGCUGCCUGCCCCCUCAGGUCCCGAAGGUGCCAACCUGUUCAUCUACCACCUGCCACAGGAGUUCGGGGACCAGGACAUCCUGCAGAUGUUCAUGCCCUUUGGCAACGUGGUCUCCGCCAAAGUCUUCAUUGAUAAACAAACCAACCUGAGCAAGUGCUUCGGCUUUGUGAGUUACGACAACCCUGUCUCGGCUCAGGCUGCCAUCCAGGCCAUGAAUGGCUUCCAGAUCGGCAUGAAGCGACUCAAGGUGCAGCUGAAGCGCUCCAAGAACGACAGCAAGCCCUACUGAUGGCUAGCGCCUAGCCUAGCGCCAUUAGCUCUCUGUUAGCACAGCUAGGGUAAGUCCCUGAUACCCCCUCCAACUCCAACCUCCAAACCUCCAAACCCCACUCCCACACCCACCACAACACCUUUCUAACUCCAGCUGCCACUCAACUUACCUGGUGGAACAAAAAAAACAAAACAAAAAAACAAAACAAACACUGCCAAGCUAGCCACCUUUGUCGCACCAAGGGAGGGAGGGGUGUUACAUUUAUAUAAGGAGAGGGGCUUUUGAAAGGGGGAGGGAGUGAGGGAGUGGUGCGAGAAGGGGAUGGGACUAUUGUUAUGUGUUUGUGUGCUUUUACAGCUUGUUGAUUUUUGUUUCUUUAUUUUUAUUUUUUAAGUUAGCAGUAUUAUUGUUGUUAUUUAUCAAGCUCAGUUCUUCAUUGUGUAAACUACUUUACAUGAACGCUUCCAUUUGCACUGUUGUUUCUGGGUGAAUUGCAAUGGAUUAGUAGCUGAUACUAGUAGUUUGUCGUUUGUUGUUCUUUUUUCCUUUUGACUAUUUGAGUUGUGUACAAAACGAUUUCUAUUUUACUUUGUUUCAAUUGAGCCAACGUUUGUGUUUACGUACAAUAUUCCAUGAUAUGACGUCAGAGGUUUUUUCCUUUAAAAGAACUGUUUCAAACGAGUAAUUUAAGUAAUUUAUUUAUUUCAUUUAUUUCGAUUGUUUGUUUUGGAUGGUCGUUUGGUUGUCAUGGUGGCCCUGGAGGCCUUGUUGCCUAAGAGGGGUUGCCCUCCCGAGGGGUAUUUCAAGAACAUGGUUAAGUGUAAGCCUGGCUAAGUUAACCCACAGAAAGUGGUAAACCUGUAAACCUGAUAGCCUUCGGUUGUCAUUUAGAUUGGAACAUAUGGACUCAAAGCUCUUUGAUUUGCUGAUUUACGACUACCUCCAGGUUAACUUAACUACUGAACCACCUUCUUGGAAUAGCCCGCUGUUUUUAAAUAGCACUGAUAUGCACGCACGCAAACCUCUCAACUUUGACCUCUGGUAGCGACCCCUGGUGGCGACCUCAGGUUCUGCUGCUUCUUUGACCCCUACUUGACCUUGACCCAUGUCUGGCAUCACAGUGCUAAGGCUUUCACACGUAACACACACACACACACACACCCACACCCACCCACACACACACACACACACACACACACACACACACACACACACACACACACACACACACACACACACACACACACACACACACACACACAAAUCCAAGCACACAUGACAGAGACAACUUCCUCAACUAAUUUUGGGGAAACAUUUUUGCCACAUUUUUUUUUUCGCAAUAUUUUCACUUUGCCAAUUCCUCUCAUAUCGGAAGGGGUUGACAAGGGUUGUUCAUUGAUUUGUUGAUCUUCUUCUAUGGACAGUUCAUACAUUUUUUGUUUGGGUGGGGGAUAGGGGCGAAGUCGGAAUGUCAUUUCAAAGAUGAAGUUACAUAUAAAAAUGUUUAAAUUUCAUGAUAAGCAAAUGUACUAUUAGUGGGUGGAUGGGGAGGGGCGAGCUUGAACAUACUUGAUGUUUUCUUGAGCGACAAGAAGGAAAUUUCACAACAAGAAAGCCACAGGCCUGUAAAGUUUAUUUGUAAAAAAGCACCUAUAUUUUUAUACAAAAUUUUUACUGCAUCAGAUUUAAAAAAAAAGAGGACUUUAAAAUUUUAUUUAUUACCUAUCGUAUUUGACACCAGAGAUGCAAGUCUCUCUAGACAGAAAUAUUGUCCAAUAGUCUUCUAACCGCACUCCACAGUUCGUUAAAUCAGUCCUGACACACCUUAUACCCCAAUAUCUCUCUCUCUCUCUCUCUCUCUCUCUCUCUCUCUCUCUCUCUCUCUCUCUCUCUCUCUCUCUCCCUGUACUCUGCAGACAUCGCUAGUUUGUCUCUGCCUUUGCCACCUUGUGCGUGACAGUCUGUAUCUAUUGUAUCUCUGUACUUUCUCGUCUCUCCUGUCAUGGGUAAUGGCUGUUCAAUGGUGUAGUCUGGCUUUCAUUUCUUUUCUAGCUCUCGCUCUUCUCUCCCUCUCUCUUUUUCCCUCCUUCUUGCUCCCAGCAUCUCUCUCCAAAUCUAUAUAUACGUGUAUGUAUGUAUUUCUAUAUAUGUAUGCCAUAUAUAUAGAAUUUUCCACGCGUAUCAUUUUGUUUACGUUUGAUGUUUUGUUGCGUUCGUUGGGUUGUUGGUUUGUAUGCUCCCAAACACAGUCCAUCCUCCUGGGUUUACCCAAGAACCUGCCCACUGAUGGAUACUUUUGGGUGCUGUGUGUGUGUGUGUGUGUGUAUGUAUGUGUGUGUGUGCGUGUGCGUGCGUGCGUGCAUGCGUGUAUGAAUGUAUAUUCUCUGUCCGGGGUCCCAUUGGAGAGUGUAUACACAUUUUUUUCUUAAAAGAAAGAAACUUAGAAAAAAAUACUAAUAACCAUGGGGAAAUCUUGUUUCCAAAGCAGGUGGGUGUACGUACGUCGUUAUUGAUGGUGUCUAAUGUUGUCUGUCUUUGUUGUUGUUCCUUGUUACUGUUGUUUGUGUGUUCUCAUGAUUUACUGAUGUAGUUCCUGUUGGUGUUGUAUUUGUUGCUGGAGCUGUGUGUUAAGUGUGUGUAACUCUUCUUUGUUCUUUCUCUCUUUCUUUCUCUCGCUCUCUCUCUCUCUCCCUCUCUCCCUCUCUCUUUCUUUCUCCGUCUCUCUCUCUCUCUUUCUUCCUCUAGACUCAUCACCUCCAUGCCCGUUAGCUCUUCGUUUGCCUAGCAUGUCUACGUGGCCUCCUCCGUCAUUGUUUCUGAUGUCUUUCUGAGUUCCACCUGAUCAUAACCUGGUCUUCUUCUACUGACCUUUCAACUUUGACCCUUAGCUUGACCUUUUGUGGAGAAGGAAAAUAUAUAGAUAUAUUAUAUACACACACAGCUUUGUUUGCAUGUGACCUCAUUGGGGCUACUUGUCUUCUUGUUUUGUUUUGUUGUCAUUUUGUUGUGAUAUGGAGGGAGGGCUGGAGGGGGGGACUAGGGUAGGGGUGGAGGGGGUUGGUUGGGGUGGGGAUGGGACAUCUUAAUUCAUCAAUGUGAAAACCAGGUGCCCAGCUGCAUUCACACAAAAGACUGAAAACUGCUUUUACCAUUUUGGGAUUAGAACAUCAUACCACAAAAAAGAGUUAUUGCAAAGUGUCAAAGAGCAAAAUUCUGUGGUGACUUUUAAUUUUCAUUCUUUUUUGUGUCUUUUACAUUUAAAAACAAUCUUUAGUUUACUUUUGUUCCUGUGUUAGAUGCUAUAUUUUAUUGUUUCAUUUUCUUUUUUGUCCUUCACUUAAAGUAAACUUGAAGAUUUUGAAUACAGGGGUCGGGCAUGGGCCUCUGCUUCUGGUCUCACCCCUGCAAAAACCACAGGAGACUGGGAACCGCCUAUGCCCGUUUCUAUUGAAACUAGACUACUUCCAAACAUUUUUUUCCUUUUCUUUUUGUUUCAUUUUAUUUUUUAAGCCGAAA